AUGGCCUCUCUGUUAUCUUGGAUUUUCUCUAGAGCAAGCGCAACGAGCCUCGCUGUUCACGACAAUGAACCUUCUAUCCUCUACAACCAGAUUAUUCGCGAAGGGAGCGAACAUCACUUCGCAGGCCGUCUAGCUGAAUUACUCACAAACAGUGGAAACGCCUGGCCCCCAAAAGCUACUCAUGCGGAGACUUGGCCUUCCCCGUUACGAAAAUACAACAUCGUCUAUCAGAGGAUUGCUCCUUUCCUCCCUGUCCGCGAAUCGUCUCUGGACGACGCUGAAAAUCGCCGACUCAUUGACAAGACCCGCGCGUUAAUCAGAGCGCUCCUCGAGGAAGAAAUUCCAAUUCCCGCUGUAUGUGAGACGUUGGAGGAAUGCUCGAGGUAUGACAAUGACACUAUGCCCAUGAGUGGUUGGCUAGGAUUCUACUCUUGUUUAGCAUCAUUGAGGCAUGCUUAUCGAUGGGGCGUAUUACCUGUUGUACGUGAAGCACAGAAUGAGAAAUCACUUCAGUUCCCUCGCGAGCUCGAUAUACCUUGGCCGUAUAUCCAACGUCGAGUAGGAAUCACUUCGCCUGGUGGCAGUCUAUCCUCAAACUCUUACUACAACCUCGAUGCCCGACGUGAGAUAGUGUAUAGUAUAACCUCGGGCAUGGGUGAAGAACACAACAGAACGGAACUUUGGAACGGACUCUUAUUCGUCGAAGUGGAAGAUAAAGCUCUUCCAAUGUAUCGACACAUAUCCCAAGCCGCGCAUUUUCUUGAAAUUGAAGAUUACCCGUCUACCAUAUCCACAUUGGAGAUUGCAAACGAGGAACUCAAAGUGGCGUUCAAACAUUUUUACGACAACAUGAAUGAUUACAACCUCGUGCCCUCCCUUUGGCUUCCAUACUGUCAAGGGUUUCAAGGGUGGACCUUGGAAGGGAUCAAUGGAGUAUCUGGUGGUCAGAAUAUUUUGAUACGAACCCUUGACAGUUUUCUUGGUAUUCGGCCAUGGCCAACUGAGGAAGAAGAAGCCCUGCAUCUACCAUUAGCGCAACGAAAUUGGCUCAAUUGCCUACGGAAUUUCGACAUCCGCGCUGUAGCACAGAAAAAAGGAAAUGAAGAGGUUAUCAAACAACUGGAUCAUAUGGUUACUCAACUUCGACUAUGGCGGAUGGGGCAUAUGCGUCGGAUGCAGCGAUAUCAAGUGCAUCGACCGGAACGAAACAAAAUGACCGCAGGCAAAUCUCUUGUUCAAGACGACUCAGUUCAAACUUCGGACGAGAGCGUCAUGGUCAACCAUCUUAAGCAGAUGCUUUCGGUGCGUCUGAAAGAGACAAAAUGA